GCGGCGGCUCAGCGCAUUCCCAGUUUAGAACUCGGAGUUCGGGGCGUGGAAACUGCGCGGGCGAGUCAGCCACCCUCCCCCUUAGAGGACAGUUGUUCCCGGGCGUCGCGGCUCGCGGACCUGACCUCAGGUGAAGCUCUCGGAAAGGGCAGACGGAGACGAAGAGAUGCCAGCGGAGGAGCCCUGCGCCCCCGGCGCCCCUAGUGCCCGGGGGACCGAGAGAGCGCCGGGCCCCGAGCCGCGCCUGUCCAGCCAGCUGCUGCCCGAGCUCUACACCUUCGCGGCGCUUGUGCUGUUCUACCUGGCGCCCGUCUAUCUCGUCGGCUACCUGGGGAUCAGCUUCACCUGGCUGCUGCUCGGCGCCCUGGGGUGGAUGUGGUGGCGCAGGAACCGCCGCGGGAAGCUCGGGCGCCUGGCGGCCGCCUUCGAAUUCCUAAACAACGAACGCCAGUUCAUCAGCCGCGAGCUGCGGGGCCAGCACCUGCCUGCCUGGAUCCACUUCCCGGACGUGGAGCGGGUCGAGUGGGCCAACAAGAUCAUCUCCCAGAUCUGGCCCUACCUAAGCAUGAUCAUGGAAAACAAGUUCCGGGAGAAACUCGAGCCCAAGAUCCGGGAGAAGAACGUGCACCUGAGGACCUUCACCUUCACCAAGCUCUACUUCGGACAGAAGUGCCCCAGGAUCAACGGCAUCAAGGUGCACACUAACCAGUGCAACCGGAGACAGGUGGUCCUGGACCUGCAGAUCUGCUACAUCGGGGACUGUGAGAUCAGCGUGGAGCUGCAGAAGAUACAGGCUGGUGUGAAAGGGAUCCAGCUGCAGGGCACGCUGCGGGUCAUCCUGGAGCCUCUCCUGGUGAACAAGCCCUUCGUGGGAGCUGUGACCAUGUUGUUCCUUCAAAAGCCGCACCUGCAGAUCAACUGGACAGGCCUGACCAACCUGCUGGAUGUGCCAGGAAUCAAUGAGGUGUCAGACAGCCUGCUGGAGGACCUCAUCGCUGCCCACCUGGUGCUGCCCAACCGUGUGACUGUGCCCGUGAAGAAGGGGCUGGACCUGACCAACCUGCGCUUUCCUCUGCCCCGCGGAGUGAUCAGAGCCCACUUGCUGGAGGCAGAAAAGCUGGCCCAGAAGGACAACUUCCUAGGACUCCAAGGCAAGUCAGACCCCUACGCCAAGGUGAGCAUCGGCCUGCAGCAUUUCCGGAGCAGGACCAUCUAUAAGAACCUGAACCCCACCUGGAACGAGGUGUUUGAGUUCAUAGUGUAUGAAGUCCCUGGGCAGGACCUGGUGGUGGACCUGUACGACGAGGAUCCUGACAGGGAUGACUUCUUGGGCAGCCUGCAGAUCUGCCUCGGGGACGUCAUGACCAACAGAGUGGUAGAUGAGUGGUUUGCCCUGAAAGACACAAAGAGCGGGCAGCUGCACCUGAGGCUGGAGUGGCUCUCACUGAUCACAGACCCGGAAGCUGUGAUGAAGGACCAUGGUAUUUUUUCCACUGCCAUUCUCAUGGUCUUCUUGGAGAGCGCCUGCAACCUGCCGAGAAACCCUUUUGACUACCUAAAUGGUGAAUAUCAAGCCAAAAAGCUCUCCAGAUUUGCCAGGAAUAAAGUCAGCAGAGACCCUUCUUCCUAUGUCAAGCUAUCUGUAGGCAAGAAGACACACCUGAGCAAGACCUGUCCCCACAGCAAGGACCCUGUGUGGAGCCAGGUGUUCUCCUUCUUUGUGCACAACGUGGCCGCUGAACAGCUGCAUCUGAAGGUGCUUGAUGAUGACCGAGAAUGUGCUCUAGGAGUGCUGGAGUUCCCCCUGUGCCAGAUUCUCCCCUAUGCAGACCUUACCCUCGAGCAACGCUUCCACCUGGACCACUCAGGCCUGGACAGCCUUAUCUCCAUGAGGCUGGUGCUUCGGUUCCUGCACUUGGAAGAACGAGAGCUGGGAAGCCCAUACACAGGACCUGAAGCCGUAAAGAAAGGCCCUCUGCUCAUUAAGAAGGUUGCCACCAACCAGGGCCCCAGAGUCCCACCGCAGGGAGAGGGCCCUGCAGAUUUGCCAUGCCCUCCAGACCCUGCUUCUGAUAUCAAGCAAGCCUCCAAAAGCACCACAGCCACCACCAGUGCCACCACUGCUGCCACCAAGCCCUCACUUCAAGAGGUGGGCCCAGAGCCCAAAGGCAAGGACAGAGCCAGAGGGUUCUGUGCACCCAUGGGGGAGAAGAAGAGUGUGUCCACCAUCUUCCUGGCUGUCCCAGGCCCCCACUGUCCGGGGCCCAUCAAGUCACCCAGACCCAUGAAAUGUCCUGCCUCCCUAUUCGCAUGGCCGCCCAAGAGGCCGGCUCCCAGCAUGUCCUCACUCAACUCCCUGGCCUCUUCCUGCUUUGACCUGACAGAUAUCAGCCUCAACACUGAAGACGGGGAUCUCAGGCAUCAGGGGCUGGGUGAGAUUCAGCUCACGGUGCGCUAUGUGUGUCUGCAGCACUGUCUCAGCGUGCUAAUCAACGGCUGCAGAAACCUGAUGCCCUGUACCAGCAGUGGAGCUGAUCCCUACGUCCGUCUCUACUUGUUGCCAGAAAGGAGGUGGGCAAGUCGUAAGAAGACCUCAGUGAAGCGGAAGACCCUGGAUCCCCUGUUUGAUGAGACAUUUGAAUUUUUUGUUCCCUUGGAUGAAGUAAAGAAGAGGUCACUAGACAUCGCAGUGAAAAACAGUAGGCCACUUGGCUCACACAGAAGAAAGGAGCUAGGAAAAGUACUGAUUGACUUAUCAAAAGAAGAUCUGAAUAAGGGCUUCUCACAGUGGUAUGAGCUGACUCCAGAUGGCCAGCCCAGAAGUUGAUGAUGAACAACAACAUCUUUAUUUUUUUAAUGUGUACAUAUGUAUAUUUUGUACCUUAAAUCAGAACAGCCAUUUGAAAAAAAUACAUACAUCUAUAUACAUACACACACACACACAUUCUUGUGUGCAGUAUAAUGGCAUGACUGGAUAGUAUUAGGAAGAGGUAAACACAUGUAAAAGCAAGAACUACUCUUUCUUGAUUGGAUUUGUUUAAAUCCAUAAACAAGCGGUGUAUUUGUGCCUAACAAAUUAUCAGAACCUCAGUGGUGAAUUUUCACUGACAUAGGACUCGCGUGAAUGUACGCACCAGAAGGGUCCUGUCUCAGACACAGAGGGUGAGGGAGCUCUGUUUGUGGAGCAGCUAUCAGUAUUCCUGGGCAGUGACUGACCAAUGGAGGAGGCUUCUUUUAUGGGACUAAAAAGUGAUCCACCAGAAAGUGCCAAGAGCUAACUCUACCUAAGCCCUGCUGGUUGCCACCUCUGGUACUUCUCUGCCUGGAGGUUCGUUCAUGUAUCUGAUUUGGAACUAAAAUGUACUUUCCUGAUGGCAACAAUGUUAGUGAUAGUACUCCAGUGUGGGAUGGCCUGGGACCAAACUCUAGCAUUUGGCAUCAUUUCCAUAGGAAAAUGCAAGGAGAGUCUCACACCCAGGUCUACGUCUGCACUCCCAUAGAGCACUGGAGGCUGCUGCCGAGUGUCAGUGCCAGAGAACAAGGGGCUUUUUCUGUAUCUCUCUCAGAUAGGCUUGGGAAUUCUGCUCCACUCUUCUAAGAGAGGGCUCGUUCACCUAAAUAACAUGUUAAAAGCAAAAUAUGUAAAUUGUACAUUUAAACAAGUGCCUCUUCUGCAUUUCAGACUUUAUAAAACCCCAUAUUCUUGUCCUUUCUCAUGCUCCUAGAGCUGUUGUCGAGUCACAUCCUCUCUUCACUUAUCUACUCAGGCAGUACCCCCUGCCAUCAGUUUCCUCUCCCUACCACUGCCUUCACCGCCACUUUUCUGAAGAAUGGUAUCAUCUUAAAACAAAGUUUUUGUCAUGUUACUCUCACUUAUGAAUUAUUAUUUCCCGCUUUCUACAAAAUUCAAGCCCACUCCUUGUGUUUCAGACCUGACAUAAUCAGGUCUCCAGUUUUCUGCUACCUUAUUCAUGUGCAGAUGCUCUGUUCCAGAAUAGUCCAAAUAUAUCCUGCCUACUAAUCCUACUUACCUCUUAGAGGCCUAUGACAAACCCACCUCCUCUGUUAAGCCACCCCACACUGACAGGGCCUCUCCCCCGACCUAGGGCGGCGGUCCCCAACCUUUUUGGCACCAGGGACCGGUUUCAUGGAAGAUAAUUUUUCCACAGACUGCGGAGGGGAAGGGAAUGGUUUUGGGAUGAUUCAAGCACAUUAUAGUUAUUGUGCACUUUAUUUCUAUUAUUAUUACACUGUAAUAUAUAAUGAAAUAAUUAUACAACUCACCAUAAUGCAGAAUCAGUGGGGCCCUGAGCUUGUUUUCACUUGCCACUCACUGAUAGGGUUUUUGUUGUUGCAGAUGUCAGGUUUAUUGUAUUCAUAUUUCUAAAUGGAUGUUUUUAGACCUUGACAAAAAUAGAAAGGGUUGGUUUACAUUUAAUGCUCCACUUUAAAAAGAAAUAGUUAACAGAAGCACAAAUCAGAUUGCAGUGGGGUGGAGAAUGAAUCAUAGCUUUACAAAAAUAGGAAAGACUACUCUUAUCCUGGCCAGGUAUUUAAAAACUCAGUCAUUGGUUAGCAGCAGUCCUUAACAUUUUUAUACCCUCCUCAUUAUAAUUUCCUCACAUUGCAGAAGCAGCUAAGGGUCACUUUGAAGAUAUUUUUCACAACAGGCAAUUCAAAGAAGAGAAUCUGAAUGCGGGCUACACAUGAAAAGAUGCCUUGACUGCACUAAGUAAUCAGAGAAAUGUACAUGUAAACAAUAGUGAAUUACCAUUUUAUACCCAACUGAUAGGAUUUUGAUAUGAGUCUGAAAGCAAUUGAUUUAUUAUGGCCUCUGGGCAGUCAGACCUCUCUGCUAAUGAUAACCUGUAUCUGCAGCCACUCCCCAGCACUAGCAUCACUGCCUCAGCUCCACCCCAGAUCAUCAGGCAUUAGAUUCUCAUAAGGAGCACACAACCCACAUCCCUAGCAUGCGCAGUUCGCAGUAGGGUUCGCGCUCCUGUAAGAAUCUAAUGCCGCCCCUGAUCUGACAGGAGGUGGAGCUCAGGCGGUAAUGCAAGUGAUGGGGAGCAGCUGUAAAUAUAGACGAAGCUUCGCUCACUCACCUGCUGCUUACCUCCUGCUGUGCAGCCGGGUUUCUCACAUGCCAUGGACCUGUAUCAGUCCAUGGCCCAGGGGUUGGGGACCCCUGACCUAGGGCAUCUACUAUCAACACUGUACAUUUUUCAUUUUAGCAAAUCCCUGCCAUGUAACAUUUUUUAAAAUGUUUAUUAAAUAUCUACUAAGGUCAUAUGCUAAGCAACUACCUGUACUGUGAUUGGUAUUCAAUGUUUCUGUUUACUCUCCAAUUGACCUAGAAGCUACUUGAAUUGAUUUUCGCCCCCAUCAUCCAAGGCUAUGCUAAGUACGUGGCCGACAUGUAAUAAAAUUUGUUUCUGCUGUUUUGAGUGACAAAUUCUCAUAAUAAAAUGGGACAAUUGAUGCCUGUCCUAUCUACCUCACAGUGGCAUUGUACUGUUCACUACACAGACAAGUUGCUUGAAAAUGAUAAAGUGCCAGAGGAGUAGAAGGGAAUGUAUCAUAUAUCACGUCCUGAAUAUCAGCAACCCUAAA